AUGGACAGUUCGCUCAGCUCAGUCCUCCGACCUUUUCUCUCCGGGGACCUCGGCUCCGAAGCAAAAAUCACCAUCACCGAGCUUGACGCGACCACCUUCUACAACCCGUCCCUCUUCAUCGUCGUCUUUGCCGGCUUCCUCCUACUCCUGCUUCUGACCUUCAUCGCCUUCGCCUUCUGCGCGAAGAGAGAUCGUCGCAUGAAGUGGCUCAAGGCCGCCGAAGCCCGGGCCAAAUGGGGCGUCUAG